GUCAGUAAAAAAGGAAGCAGAAAAACCACCGUGAAGGUAUAGGCCUUAGUGAUUAGAUAACAUGAAAUGAUUAUCAGCAAAUCACAAGAGAAAUGUGGCAAAACCUGAAACAAUAUUUGCACAGAUAUAAAGCACCCUCAAGAGGGGGAUAUGCCGCAUAAUUUUGCUUGCACGCCCGUGCUUAUUUGUUGAACAGAGAUUAGUGAAACAUAUGUGAUAGUACAAAAGUAGUCUAUCAGCUCCACCUGUAAUAGUGAGCUGAAUAGCUGUGGGAAUAACACUGGUGGAAACAUGGCGACAGGCUGCGCAUGGUUCCUGGUGCUGGGCUCCGUGUUUCUCUGCAAUCUCAUGAAAAUACUCCUGCCUAGCAUUUCAUCUUUCCUGACAAAGAUGGUGCAGAAAGACGCCGAGCAGGAGAGUGAGAUGAGGACUGAAAUCCAGCAGAUGAAGAAGGAGCAGUCCUCCAUAAGCAUGAUGGAUGAGUUUGCAAGAUAUGCCAGGCUGGAGCGUAAAAUUAACAAAACUACAGAUAAGCUUAAGACACAUGUGCAGUCGAGAACCGCUCAACAAGCCAAAAUGAAAUGGGUUGUGAACAUCAUCUUUUACAUACUGCAGGCUGCUCUGAUGGUCUCACUGAUAUGGAAGUAUUACGCUGAUCCAGUGACUGUGGUCCCCAGUAAAUGGAUCGCUCCUGUGGAGCGACUCGUGGCUUUCCCAACAGGAGUGGCAGGUGGUGUGGGAAUCACUUGUUGGCUGGUGGUUUGUAACAAAGUAAUCACACUGGGCCUCAGUGCCAUCAGUUAGAGAACUCGGCUGUGAUUCGGCUGCCUGCACGUCUUCUUGGAAAUGAAUUUGGUGUUUAACACGAAGAUAAGACUGCUCUCCAAUUGCAGUAUUAAUUUAUUAUUAUUGUAACAUUGUGUUUUCUAUUUUUGUUGAAUGAAUGUUUUGAUUUCUUACCAACUGGAUAGAAUUGUGACAUUUUCUUUCUUUCUUUCUUUUAAAUAAACUAUUAAAACCAAAUUUUGUAUUUUCCAAGUUGGGAAACAUCCAACAAAAACAACUCGGGUAGUUUUUGUUUAGUUCCAAAAAUAUUGGUCUGAUUUCUUUUUUUUAAAGUCAAAACAAAACAUAAGAAAUUCUAA